AUGUCGUCAGAACGCGAAGCUCAGGCACUUCUUGCCAAAGCUGAUAAAAAAGCAACUACAUUUGGCUGGUUUGGCAGUAAUAAAUUCGAAGAGGCUGCAGAAUUAUACAAUAAAGCGGCCAAUAUCUUCAAGCUCGGAAAACGAUGGAAAGAAGCCGGUGAUGCAUUUACUAAGGCUGCCAACAUGCAAUUACAGCUUAACGAACGUGAUGAUGCUGCUACGACUUUUAUCAAUGCUGCAAAAUGUUACAAGAAAGGCAGUUUCGAAGCUACUAUUUAUUUGAAAUAUCAAACUUUAAUUAUAAUAUUUGAUCCAACAGAUGCUAUUACGUCUUUAAAGCAAGCCAUCGAGAUUCUCACAGACAGAGGUCGAUUUCAAGCUGCAGCUGGGCACCAAAAGGAUAUUGCUCAAAUCUAUGAGUCUGAUCUCAUUGAUUUAGAAAAGGCAAUGCAAGCUUAUGAAAUUGCAGCAGAUUGGUAUGCUGGUGAAGAAGCAACUGCCUUAGCCAAUAAUUGUCUUCUUAAAGUUGCAACUUUUGCCGCAACACUGGAACAAUAUGAUAAAGCUAUUGAAAAGUUUGAACAAGUUGCCGCUGCUAGUCUUGAUAAUCAGCUGACAAAAUGGUCGCUCAAAGAUUAUUUCUUGAAGGCGGGACUUUGUCACAUUGCUUUCGGGGAUCAUAUCGGUGCCAAACGGGCAAUUGAAAGAUAUUGUGAUAUGGAUGUAACUUUUUCCACUACUCGAGAAUGUCAGUUUCUCAAGGCAAUUCUUGAAGCUGUAGAAAAUGAUGAUAUUGAAAGUUUCACAAAUAGAGUAGUAGAAUUUGAUCAACUUACCAAACUAGAUAAUUGGAAAACUACUAUUCUGCUACGAAUUAAAAAAAGUAUUCAAGAAGGUGGAUCCUUAACGGAUAAUUUCCAACAUUUGAACGAGUCAGAUUCUGUAACUUCGAUUCCCGCCGGUGGGUUGAUUUUAAGAUCGAUUAAUUCUUUAGAAAGACGCUUUGAGAAAAGUGUAGAAGACAUGCCGGAUAAACUGAGUACAAGCGUUAGGUACACGGAACUGUCUUUAAAAAAAUACGAUUGGGAAUAUCAACAUCCAUUUAUGUAG